AGUACAGAAUCACAUAAAUAGUCCUCAAAUAUGAUAUUGAGUGAAAUCAAUUGAUUAGAAUUUAUUAUUCCUCUGUACAUUUUAUGUUACGUUAGCUACUUUGCUACCUAUUCAGUGGUUCUUUGUCAUGUUGAUAUUAUUACAUAUGCGCCGGUAAAGCAACAGACACAUUAGAAAGCUCAGUGAGGAUUUAAAACACUUCUAUCCAAGCAUUAAUUGUGGUGACGAUUACAUUUGGAAUCUUAAUUGCGGUGCGUCCAAAUACAAUAGCGACACAACAGACGUUUCUUCGCCAAUCGGUCUGCUUUCUUCAAUGUUUUUGUUGGUGUAGUUUUCCUAAGUGACUCAUCAUCUGUUUCAUUUCCUCCGUUUCCUCUUUGGCCCCGGCCAUGGGAAAAGAUGAGAAGGACCAAUAGUGGGCUUCUUCUCCCACUCAUCCUGGGGGAUGCCUUGGAAGAUAGAGCAAGAGUUCGCUCCCUUCCUGUGGUAUUUCUCUAUUCCAUCAUUUAUAAUUAUGGCACCAGGAAUGAUCAAAUCACCAUUUUCUGUGGAAAUUCCCACUUUUAUUUCAACAAACUCCCCCCCCCCCCCCCUCCAUCAUUCCUACAGCAUGCCAUGCUUUUGCCAUUCUGGCUAUUCACACCUGCUUCACCAUCAAACAACUCACAGGGAAGAAUGUGACUUGAAGCCUCUUUUAGUACCCUCGGAUAGUCGCCGAAGGUUCUCACAUGGGAUUUUCUGUCGUCAAAUGGAGCACAAGUUAAAAAAAAUAAUCUACUGUAGGUCGGGCAAGUAACUCUGCACGAGGAUGGGGAGGAGAAGGGGCUGGGAGGAGGGAAAAUAGUCAAGGAACUCAGUAGGAGAAUAAAACCAGCUUGAGGCCAGACAGUGACAACAAUGUGGACACCGCUGUAUGGAAUAUUGAUUUAUACCCUAAUUCAUGGAUACUUAUAACUCUUUUUGGGACUCUGUGAGAGGAGUAAGAUGGAGCAUCAGGUGUCUGAUAAUUCGGACAUCAGCCCAGCAAACAUGGAACGGAGCGGCGGGGCUCAAUUGGAGCGUGGCCGAGAGACACACCAAGUCCUGCAGGGUACUCCUUUAGACCUGAUUGAAACCGGCAAGUCUCUGAAAGUCCAGGCGGAGCGCCCUCACCUGGUCAGUUUGGGAAGUGGACGCUUGAGCACAGCAAUCACAUUGCUGCCACUGCAGGAAGGGAGAACCACACUGGGCAGCGGAGGCACAGACAUCUCUUUACUGGGCCCCGGAAUUAAAGCUCAACAUUGCUACAUUGAAAACAAGGAGGGGACUAUUACCUUGUACCCAUGUGGGAACCAAUGCGCCGUAGAUGGACUCCCCGUCACCAAACCCUAUCGUCUCUCACAAGGCUGCAUGCUGUGUUUUGGUCAAUCAACCUUUUUCCGCUUCAACCAUCCAGAAGAGGCCCUGAGGAUGAAGAACAUGCUACCAGGAGGAAGCCCAGCACUAUGCACAUCAAGAAUGCAACAUUCUGACUCCCACAGCAUCUUGAAUGGGACCCAUCAAUCUUUUUCCAGCAACGGCAGCUCAAAAAUCAGCACCUUAGUGAAGGACACCCACGGGAGUCUCUCACAGAAGGUGCAGUCUUCCCCCCAAACAGCUAAAGCCUUACUUCCUCAGCCUUCUCAGAGUGUGUUUAAUGGUAGAAGCAGCACCACGAAAGAAGAGAACAGCAGCUCUGUGGGAAACGCUCCACUUGUACCUCCCCGGUCCAGCAUCCCUGUGCCUCAACCACGCACAUCCCUCUCCAUGACCUCGAGUUGCGCUAGCGAAGGACAGCGAACACAGGACAGCCCAAAGCUUCUGAGGAAUGUCAGGGCAGAGGUCACAUCAAGCCCCACACUGCUCAGCAGGGGGUCCGGACAGGGCAUAAGUCACAACUCUUCACCGGUAGCUCCAUCCAGCCCUCGAGUGAGAGGUUCCUUCCUCCAGAAGAGACACCCAAGUCCGAGGCGAGAACCGCUUCGGACUCCUGAGUCGACUGGAUCCACGAGCCUUCCUCCUCUGAGUCCUUACAUGUCUCGCAGAGGAACUCCAGGAUCGCAGAGUUUGACCACCAAAACCAUCCAGCAGAGCCCGAAGACCCAUCGCAAACCCACAGCCCCCUCUAAGGCUGAGGCCAUGAGGGUGUUGUACGCCCAGAAUCCAUCCCCUGUAACCGCACUGGAGAGUGGAAGCCAACAUCAGACUAACACCCUCAUCUCAGGUCCUCUGUACGGCUCAUCUCCUGCCACGAGCCCCCGCAGCCGAAGAAAGCCCUCUUGCGAGAACAUCGGAUCAUCCGGCAACGACUCCGCGUUCAUGAAACCGUAUUCUCGGGAGCGCAAGAACAGCAUAUCUGCCAUUAGCGACAAUGAGGACGAACUGCUGGAGUACCACCGCUGGCAGAGAGAGGAGAGGCUACGUGAGCAGGAAACGGAGAAGCUGGAGCGACAGAGGCUGGAGACCAUCCUGAAUUUGUGCGCAGGCUAUAACCAUGAGGACAGCGCGGCGGAGCUGGCGGAAGUCGUGAGGAGCGGGCUGCUAAGAGGGGGAAGAGGUGCAGGUGGUGACAUGCAGACGGGGAAAGAGAACGAUGAGGAGGCGCAGGCAGAGGAGUCGAGCAGCACCGAGAGCACACAUCAAGAGUGUGAGGAGUUGUCAGCCGGUCAGGAGCAGAUGUACCUGGAAGAGGAGAGGACCAAGAUGUUGUCCAGGGUGGAUGACCUGAGGCACAGAGUCAACGAGCUGGAGCAGCAGCUGAAAGAAACCAAACGAGAGGUGGAGAUGGAACAGGCUCUGCUGCAGGCCGAGAGGCAGGCAGAGCAGGAGCAGGCGGACGCCGAACGGGAGCUCAUUUCUCAGCUGCAGCUCAAACUUAGCCAGUUGAACAAGGCCACGCAGAGCGAGAAGGACAAGGGGAGAGCUAAUGUCUCGACUGAGCGGAAGGUCCUGGAAAAGCAGAGGAAUGAGUACAAUGAGCUGAAGAGGCAGUUUGAUAGUUGCCCCUUGUCUCUAAGAGAACAGUUACAGGAGCAGCUCAGCAGGAAAGCUGAAGCUUUGGAAGCUGGCACAAAGCAAUUUGAGGAACUGGAGUUCUGCCAGCUGGAGGAGGAGAGCAGUCUGGAGGAGCGAAAGGAGACCCAGUCGUUGCAGUUUCUUCGGGAGCAAACCGAGUAUCACUGCAGCGUGGCCAAGAGGAAGGAGAAAAUGGCUACUUUGGAUGCUCAAGUGAAGCAACUAGGCGUACAAGCCACUCACGACUGUGACAGGAUGGCGAAAGAAAGGGAGACCACUCUGCAGCUGUUACACAAGGAGCAGGACAGGUUGUGCGCCCUGGAGAACAGAUACCACAGCAUGACCGGUGGUAGGAACUUCCCAAAGAGCAACAACAAAAUGAAAGAGGAUUUACUCCAUAUCAACGAACCCGAGCUUGUUUAUGAGGACUACCCCUCUCAUAGCCCUUGUCCUUCCUCUACCUUACACGUCCCUCCCUCUGAAGUCUACCCUGUUAGGCUGCAGGAGGAGUACCUCAGGAUGUCUGAUGUCUAUAAGAUGUAUGGAAACGCUUGCGUGCACCCUCCCUCUUCUUCCCCUGCUGCCCUUGACUCCCUUCCCCUUGCUGUAGCUGACGCUGUGCCAUGUGAGGACUACAUCACGGUCGGCCAGUUAAGCCACAUUAUUGGCGUGCGGAGGUUUGAUACUCCCUCGUCCUCAUCUAUUGCAUUAUUCCAACUUGCCUCCUCUGACUCCACAUGCCACUCGAGUGGCCCUACCUCCCUUCUCUCUGUAAAGAGUCAGCCUGAGCUAAGCAGGAAUGCAAUGCCUCCUAUUAACCUUGAGCGCUGGUACCAGGAGAUCAUGGCUGCAGGGGAACCUCGAUCAUGUCCUCCACCGUUGCCCGCCAAAUCUUUUUCUGCACGCAGGCAUGGGCAGUUGCUGAAGUCCAAAUCAGACGGUGAAGUUGGUCACACGGCAUCAUGUCCUCCUGUCAGCUCUGCGCCCACUGCGCCUCACGCCACUCUUACGCGUGAUAAAACCUCCAAGGGAUUACAGUUAAUGCUGAAAGAGGUGUCAAACCCAUUGGACAUGGACUCCAGGAAGCUGCAUAAAGAGCCGUCUCCCACAGUACAUCACUCGAUCCUGCAUCAUCAGUGUCCCCCUAGCGGCAACCAGGCAUAUGACACCUUGAGCCUGGAGAGCUCAGACAGCCUGGAGACCAGCAUCUCCACCAGCAACUCAGCAUGCACCCCGGAAAGUGCUUCCGGGUUGGAGACCCAGAGGUUAGAAGAGAUGGAGAAGAUGUUGAAGGAGGCACAGCAAGAGAAAGCCAGGCUCAUUGAGAACCGAGAGAGGGAGGCGCAGACUCGGCGGCUUCUGCUGGAGGAGGAGCGGAAGAGGCGCGAGGAGGCCGAGAGGCGGCUUCUGGAUGAGACGGCCCACAGGAGGAGGCUGGUGGAGGAAGAGGUGAAGAUGAGGGAGAAACACUUUUCGCAGGCCCGUCCGAUGACGCGCUACCUGCCCAACCUGAAGGAGGAGUUUGAUUUGCGAGCGCACGUGGAGUCGUCGGGCCACAGUAUCGACACGUGCCCCUUUGUCAUCCUCACGGAGAAGAUGUGCAAGGGUCAUCUGGUCAAGAUGGGCGGCAAAAUCAAAUCGUGGAAGAAGCGCUGGUUCGUUUUCGACCGCCUCAAGAGGAAUUUUUGUUACUACGUGGAUAAGCAUGAGACCAAGUUGAAAGGACUCAUUUACUUCCAGGCCAUUGAAGAGGUUUAUUAUGAUCACUUACGAAUUGCUACCAAGAGCCCCAACCCAUCUCUGACCUUCUGUGUGAAGACUCACGACCGCCUUUACUACAUGGUGGCGCCAUCCCCGGAGGCCAUGCGGAUCUGGAUGGAUGUCAUAGUAACGGGCGCCGAGGGCUACACGCAAUUCAUGAGCUGAGGGACCUGGUGGAAGGAUGACAGAGGGGCGCGAAGCCUGAAAGCCAGCCGGCAUGCCGCAGCGAGGACGGAAGGUGAAAUGCACGUCACAAGGACACCGAUGAUGCCAAGGCCUGCCGGGCCGCUGAGGGCUUUAACUCCUGACAGAAGUGCACAAAAAGAAUUCAUGAGGGGGAUCAGCCGGCGUGGGGGAGCGCUUUUGCCCCAUCCACAGCAUUCUCUC